AUGCGUCCCGAUCAAAGUCCGAGUUUCCCGCGGCCUCUAGUGGUUUAUGUAUUACGUAUUUCUGUGUUUGUAAACAGCAGGCCUGCGCUCAGGCACAAGGGGAGUAAAACGCUUUUACACACGGAGCGGUUGCGUUUUGUAAUUUAUUUCAAAUCGGGAUGUUCUUCAAAAACUGCUAACGUGAUCAUAAUGAACUCUGCCUGUAUUUCCAAGGGUCUGGGUUUCAGCCCCCCCGCACACUCCUGUAACGACUGGAUCGGUCCCCCUGACAAGCACUCCAACCUGCGGCCAGUCAUCUUCUACGUGCCCCCUGAGGAGUCGCCCCUGGAGCGGCGUCUGCGGGAGGCACGGCAGGAGGCCCAGGCCUGCGACCAGCACUUCUGGGCGCAGCACAACCGCACCUUCCGCCAGGAAAAAGAAGAGUUUAUUUAUUCAAGACUGAAAGCCAAGGGUCUGGAAAUGAGAGAUGAAACAGGUCAAAAAGCAACACUGAAUGCAGAAGAAAUGGCUGACUUUUACAAGGACUUUCUAAGUAAAAAUUUUAGAAAGCAUAUGCAGUAUAACAGAGAUUGGUAUAAACGUAACUUUACUAUCACAUUCCUCAUGGGACAAGUAGCACUGGCAAGAGCUCUGAGGCGGCUUCGUUGGAAAAAGAAAAAUGUUGGAAAUCGGUGAUCGCAGCUCCAUGAAGAAUGCAACACUAGCUAGGCCUGCUAUAAACUUGUUGUUUAUGGUGAUGCUCAGAAUCCGAAUGACUAAUGUAAUAAUUGCUUGAAUCUGUUUGUUAAACUAUGUAAAUAAAAGUUGCCAUUGGGCUUAAUUU